AUCCGUGUCUGGGACUUGUUUACAUCUUGACUGUUAUAAUAACGCUUAUGACAAGUAAAAUGUGUUGUUUUUAACAUGUUUAAAACUAUAUAAGUAAAGUCAUGUCUGACUUGCACCUGUUUAACAAACCUCCCUGGACCAACCAGACCAUCGUAACCCUAACCAGACCAUCGUAUAACCAUAACCAUAACCCUAACAAAGGUAAAGGUGAACGUCCACCAACAGAAGCUCUAUCGGCGGUCCUGCCGCAUCGAUGAAGGAGGGUGUGUGUUACCAUGACAACCGCUCACGAAGAGUCCUUAGCAACCAAACUGAAAGCCGUCGCUCUGACCAUCUGAACCGUCCGUCAAGUGAAAGUUAACGUUGUUCAACUUUGUUGGAUGAUUGUGUUAUAGAUGGUAGUUUAUGUUUUAAACGCCUGGUCAGAAUGGGUAUCGACUACUACGCCAUAUUGGAAAUUAACAGAAACGCAACAGACGCGGAUAUCAAGAAGUCGUAUAGGCGUCUGGCUUUGAAGAACCAUCCGAGCCGCCGACCGGACUACUUCGAUGUCUUCCGGGACCUGGCGGAGGCUUACGACGUGCUGAGCGACCUGAGGAAGAAAGCGACGUACGACAAGUUCGGGGAGGAGGGGCUAAAAGGGGGCGUUCCCCAGGAGUUCGUGGGGAACGGGGCGUGGUCCGCUCCGUACGUCUUCCACGAGAACCCCAGCAAAACCUUCCGGCUCUUCUUCGGUGGCGACAACCCGUUCGCUGACUUCUCCGUGGGGGCCGAGGACGGGUCCGGGGGGGUCCCCAGCCAAGAGAGGAGGAGCCAGGACGGCCCGAUAGAACGCGACCUCAGCCUGACCCUGGACGACCUCUACCACGGCUGCACCAAGAAGAUCAAGAUCUCCCGCAGGGUGAUGAACGAGGACGGCUACACCUCCAGCAUCAAGGAGAAGAUCCUCAGCAUCGCUGUGAAGCCCGGCUGGAACGAGGGAACCCGGGUCACCUUCCCCGAGGAGGGAGACCAGGGACCAAACUGUGUUCCUGCGGACAUCGUGUUCAUAGUGCGACAGAAGCCCCAUCCCUGGUUUACAAGACAGCGUGACAACCUGGUUUACAAGGCCUCUAUCUCUCUUGAGAUGGCCCUGACAGGGUUCUCAGUCGACGUGGAGACACUAGAUGGCAGGCUCGUCAACAUUCCCGUCAACGACAUCGUGCACCCCGGGUACAGCAAGCUGGUCCCGGCCGAGGGGAUGCCCCUCUCCCAGUACCCGGGACUCCGAGGGGACCUCAUCCUCACCUUCGACACCCAGUUCCCCCCGAAGCUCUCCCCGGAGAGCAAGCGACUGAUCAAACACGCCCUGUCAAUCUGAGAACUGUACCACCAGCAACACAAAUAGUCCUGAACAAUGUGACCAGUACGAACACUACGAACAUCGCUAACAUUACGAACAUUACGGACAGUAAUACCACCAAAAUGAACAUGACAAACAACGCCAACACGAUGAACAAUGGAGACGAUUGAGACAAUGCUCGCAAACAAUACCAACAUUGCAAACGAUGCAAACUACAUGAGGGAUGCAAACGACAGCAAUGAUACUCAGAGAACGAUAAACAUUAACAUUUACAUCGCUGUAAAGUUACAUCUGUGUUACAACAUUUUGAAGUUUUUGAUAAACGUUUAUUUCCUCUUUCA